AGUUCCAAUAGUUCAUAAAGAUAAACAUGAGUGCGAUCACUGUUACAGCUACGAGCAGUGUCACUUGCACCAUUUCUCUUUCUAUCUCAACAUUACAAUCAUCUUUUCCUUCUUCGCUACGCUUUCGCUGCGCAUUUCCACUCCUCUCUCGUCGUUCUGCUCUCUGCUUCUCCGGUUUGUCAGAGAGUAUGGAUGGUGGUGCUGGUCCGAGUUUGUUUCCGUUGCAUCGUUGCAAAACCAUUCACCUGGUCAGGCAUGGACAGGGGAUCCACAAUGUAGAGGGAGAUAAGAACUACAAUGCAUACUUGAAUCCUGAAUAUUUUGAUGCACAUCUUACUCCAUUAGGCUGGCAACAGGUUGACAAUUUGCGUAAACAUGUUCAUGCAUCUGGGCUUAUGAAGAGGAUUGAUCUAGUCAUAGCAUCUCCUUUAUUGAGGACUCUACAAACAGCUGCUGGGGUGUUUGGAGGUGAGGACUACACAGAUAGAAUGGAUGUGCUGCCUCUUAUGGUGGCAAAUGCUGGAAACAGCAAUCGUGCUGCAAUUUCAAGUGUGAAUUGCCCACCAAUUGUUGCUGUUGAAUUUUGUCGAGAACAUUUGGGAAUUCAUCCCUGUGACAAAAGAAGAAGCAUCAGUGAAUAUCAAUUUCUAUUUCCUGCAAUUGAUUUUUCACUGGCAAAUGGUGAUGAGGAUAUUUUGUGGAAGGCCAAUGUUCGGGAGACAAAGGAAGAACUUGCAGCUAGAGGGCUCAAGUUCAUGAACUGGUUGUGGACACGGAAAGAGAAGGAGAUAGCAAUAGUGACGCAUAGAGCAUUUUUGUUUCAUACUCUAAGUGGAUUUGGAAAUGAUAACCGCUCCUUGGGGAAGAAGGAAAUAUCCAAGCACUUUGCUAACUGUGAGCUUCGCUCCGUGGUCAUCGCUGAUAGAUUGGAUGCAUCAACCACCGAUUAAUUAUCCAGGCAAGUUACAUUCAGAGAUGGACCUCUUGUGAUGUUUCUGAUGAGAACGCUGAGAAGAAGGGUUUUGUUAGAUAUUUUCAUCAUGACUCUCCGGAAAUCUAACAUGAUUAUUUCAAAUUGCUAUAAUCAUUGUUCACAGGAAAUCUUUUAUUUCGAACAUUUGCCAAAGAAAGUACCCCCUGUGGUGUGGGAAAUCUCAGAUGCCUGGAUGGUAACCAUACAUGAACCUCAGUUAUUACAAUUUUUAUUGACAUGAUAUUGAUGUUUAUUUUUUAAUUAGAAACAUUUUACAAUGAUAGUGGACUACAUUUAAACACAAAUUGGAAUAUAUUACUCUGUAAGUCGCUUAAUGAAAAGUAGUAGGUGGAACCUCAUCAAAUAUGCUAUUUAUU